GCGGCGCGCCGGAAGUGGCGGCGCCGCGCGUGCGCAGCAGGCGGCCACGCGGGGCCGGGGCCGGGGCCGGGGCCGGCCAUGGCUGAUCGGGUGCUGUUCCGGCGUGGGACCGGGGAGAGCGACGACUCGGACGCGUGGGACGACACGGCCCUCAUCAAGGCGUACGACAAGGCGGUGGCCUCCUUCAAGAACGCUUUAAAGAAUGGAGAGUGUUCGGAGACCUCGGACAAACCGGAGCAGCGCCUGAGGAUGAAGAGAAAAAACAAUAAAAAGAACAGAAACAGGAAGAAGAGCAACACAGUGCCUUUGAAACAGUGGAAAGUUGGUGAUGGCUGUAGUGCUGUUUGGUCUGAGGACGGUAAUGUGUACCCAGCAACUGUUGCCUCCAUCAAUCAGAAGAGAGGCACAUGCGUUGUUACUUACAUGGGAUACGGAAAUCAAGAGGAGCAGAACCUGGCUGAUCUACUUCCCCUAGCCAGCGAUGAAACAGUAAAUGGGAUGGGGAAUUCUGGGGAGAAUGACAAUGAGACUCCGUAUUCAACAGAUGAAAGUGAAAAAUCUUCCCAGUCACCUCAGAACAAAAACAAUUGCACAAAACCAAGAUUCUCCCCUCAAAACCUACAUUUUCCCGCACCACCGGCAGCCCCAGGCCUGGGAAGGCCUGGAUCAAAAUUCAGGGCACCUCCAUUGUUUUUACCUUUCUGGCCCCCGCCCUUCCCAGCAGGACCACCGUUGAUUCCUCCUCCACCACCUAUGAGGCCAGACUCUGAGGAUGAUGAAGCAUUGGGGAGCAUGUUGAUAGCCUGGUACAUGAGUGGUUAUCACACUGGGUAUUACCUGGGUUUAAAACAAAGUCGAAUGGAAGCGGCACUGGAGAGAGAAAUGAAUGCAAAAUAACUGAAUAUCCAUCAUUGUUUUGAAGGAUUGAAGCUGAUGAACAUCGCCUUCAACGACUUAAAUCCCUUCCCCAUGAAAGUGCUGAGGAACCGGCGGUCAAUGCACAGAGAAGAGCUGGAGGCAGAGCUGUGUGAGCUGGAACAGAUCAAGGCAGCCUAUGUAAAAGAGAGAGCAGAGCAGGGGCCUCAGGACCUGAAGGAGGUUGUUAGUGAAGAGGAAGAAGAGAUUUAACAAAAACAGAGUUCCUCAUCACUUCCCUCACGCCUUGCAGAAGGUCUUCAGUAGCAACUGUCUGUAAGAGAUGGAGCAGAGGGGGAAAGGUGGUCACAGCAGUUCAUCUGCCCCAGGAAGCGAGACUGUCAGUAUACGACCAUUUGGGGACCAAGCCAGACUUUGUAAUGGAUUAGAAGGUGUCAAAGGAGUUUUAUCCUCUUCUGUACUUCUCCCCAUUCAGCCCACCCUGUGCUGUGCAGUUCAGGGUUAAAACUGAAGGUCCAUGGGAAAUACCAGUUGUGGUACCAUGACAGAAGUUGAUGUGGUGCAAAAGACCCAGCCAGGCAGGGCUGUUCUAUCUUUUCUGAUGGAGGCAUGAAAGAGAUCUUUGUGUACAAGUAAAAGCACUGGAAAUAAUGAACUGAGAACACUCCUUCCUUAGUACCUAAAGCUUCUGAAUUGGUCAGGAAGGAAACUGGCUCUUUGAAGGCAUGGUGCCUUCAGUGGCUAGCCUGCCAGGAGAGCCUGUGUUUAACAUGGCAGUUACUGUACAAGCUACUAAGAAGAAAAUUAACUCUAUCCCACCUGAAACCAGGACAAUUGCUAGAGGCACAACUGCCAUCUGCCUCAACCAGCUAGUCCUGUGUUAGUAUCUGGCAUUACAUUACAAAAAGUGGCCUUUAUCAGUUUUUCACACUAGUGAAAUCUAGCAUCCAAUAUUUUUUUUAUUGCAGUCCUGACCAUAAAGGGUUUUAUGAUGUUUAUUUCA